UGGCAAAUCUGGCAACACUGGCACUGAGCAAAAUGUUUGCCAAACUGUGGCCUUGGCUGAGAAACGAGACGUGGUCGAGGCUGCAUAAAUUCAACAUGGACUACACCUCACUCCUCUGCUGCGGCCUGGCCUUCGUUUUAUAUUUGAACACCCUUAAUGCGGGCUUCGUCUAUGACGACAGACGCGCCAUACUGGGAAAUGCGGAUGUGUCCGGGGGCGUGGCAUGGCAAAGGAGCUUCGGCAAUGACUUUUGGGGCACGCCGCUGACGGACAGCGGAUCCCACGGCUCCUGGCGGCCGCUUUGUGUGCUGAGCUUCAGGCUCAACUAUCUGAUGGCCGGCGGCUUUGCGCCGUGGGGUUUUCAUCUGGUCAACAAUCUGUUGCACUGCGUUGCCACCGCGCUGGUGGUGCGUGUGGCACGCACGCUGCUUGCCUCAUUCUGGGCGGUACUGGCCGCCGGUGCGCUCUUCGCGGCACACCCCAUACACACCGAGGCCGUGGCGGGGGUUGUGGGUCGGGCGGACGUAGCCGCCUGUGUCUGCUACCUGCUCACGUACCUCAGCUACCUGCGCCACAUGCGCUGGCGCGAGUCCAGCGAUCCUCGACAGUGGCUGGCCCUUGCCGCAACCCUGCUCUUUGCUGUGGCAGCCCUGCUCUGCAAGGAGACCGCGAUCACCGCCCUUCUGGUCUGUGCGGCCUUCGACGUAAUGCGCGGAUUCAGCGGACAGGUGGAUAAGCAACGCUUGCGAUCGCUUUGCAUUGUGCUAUGCGCGCUUUUCUUCAGCCUCUAUUGGCGCCUUUUCACGAUUCCCGGUCCACAGACUGCAUUCUCGAGUGCGGACAAUCCCAUAGCACGCACUGCGUCCGCGUGGACGCGACUGUUGACAUUUCUGCACCUGCCUGUGGUGAACUUUAAGCUGCUGCUGCAGCCGCAGGUGCUGAGCUUCGAUUGGGGCAUGGACGCGUUGCCGCGAGUGACAACGCUCUGGGAUCGCCGCAAUGCUCAGAGCGCCUGCUUCUAUUGUGUGCUCUUCGGCGUGGCAUGGCGCAGUUGCAAGUUGCUGCUGCACAGCAGCGAGUUGUUCGAGGGCAAUGGCAAUGGAGCAUAUCCACAGUAUCACAUACAGAAAGUUGGACGCAAAUCUCGCGCAAAGCGCAAGCGAAUCUCCAAUAACAACAAUAACAAUAAUAAUAAUAAUAACAAUAACAACAACAAGUACCAAGCCUAUGAGGCAAGUUAUCAUCAGGACGCGCUUCCAUUUAGCAAACAGCCGUGCAGCGACUGCAACAACAACAACAGCAAUGGCGUCUACGCUUAUGGUGAAGCUGCAAGUGCAACUUCGGUGUCACAACAGCAACAACAACAACAACCACAUCCCCCUGCCCAUUCCCAUCCCCAUCCCCAUACCCAUCACCUUGUGUCUUCCGCUGUCGGCCUGGCCUUACACAAGGCCUUUCGCGGCUCACGCAGCAGCAGCAGCUGCAGCAACAGCACCAGUUCCAGCUCCAGUUCCAGUUCCAGUUCCACUUGCGGCUCAAUCGACAUCAGCUCGUCAGCUUCAGCUGCCUCGUCGGACUACAUGCUGGCAGGAAUGUCGCUCGCUUCCCGCAAUGCCUGCAUCCUGUUGAUGUCCUGCGCCUUUCUCACGCUUCCCUUUCUGCCCGCCAGCAAUCUUUUCUUCUACGUGGGCUUCGUGGUCGCCGAGCGUUUACUGUACUUGCCCAGUGUUGGCUUUUGCCUUCUCGUUGGCUUCGGUGUCUCCAAGCUCUUGGCCAGCACUCGAGUCCGCGGUACCAGGACUCGUUGUGGUCUCCUGCUCUCCUUCAGCGUCCUUCUAGCUGCGUUGAGUCUGCGGACCGUGCAACGCAACGCGGACUGGCGGGACGAGGAGAGUCUGUACAGGAGUGCCAUUACUGUCAAUCCGCCAAAAGCACUGGGUAAUCUGGGCAGCGUGCUGAGCUCCCAGGCGCGCUACGAGGAGGCCAAACAGGUGCUGCAGGAGGCAAUCAGAUACAGGCCCAACAUGGCCGAUGUGCACUUUAAUUUGGGCAUUCUGCACCAGAAUCAGCAGGACUAUAAGUCAGCCGUCGAGUGCUUUCAGCGUGCCAUCAAGUUUCGCCCGAGUCUGGCAGUUGCCUACCUGAACCUCGGCAUAUCAUUCAUAGCGCUGGGCAAGCGUCAACAGGCGAUCGAGAUUCUCCAGCUGGGUUCCACGCUCGAUGGGGCAGCGGUGAGAGAUCGCGGUGCCCACGAUCAGGCCAGAAGUUCGGCCUAUCUGCAGCUGGGGGCGCUCUACGUGGAGCAGGGCAAGUUGCAACGAGCGCUGGCUGUCUACCGCGAAGCGCUCUCCUCUCUGCCGACGCUGUUGCAUCAACGAGAGGUGCUUUACCAGCGCAUCGGUGACGUCUUCGGUCGCCUUCAGCAGUGGGACGAGGCGGAGAGACAUCAUCGUGCUGCUCUGGAGCUGCAGCCCAAUCAGGUGGCGGCUCAUCUGUCCUAUGGCAUUACGCUGGCCAGAAAUAGCAGUCGCGCCUCGGAGGCGGAAAUGUGGUUCAAGCGGGCGUUGCAAAUGGCGCCGGAGCAGGCCAGCGUCUAUCACCACUACGCUGAAUUCCUGACCCUACAGUCCCGUCAUCACGAGUCCGUCGUCUAUCAUCGACGUGCCGCUGAAUUGGCGCCCACGGACUACGCCUUGGUUGUGGCAGCUGCAACAUCGCUGCGGCUGCUCGAUCGCAAAGUCGAGGCGGAAAUUUGGUAUCGCAAGGCUGUGACCUUGCGACCCGAUGACGCACACGCCCACACCAAUUUGGGCGCCAUUCUGCAUCUUCUGGGACGCACAAAUCAUGCGGCAGCCAGUUACAAGGCGGCCUUGCAACUGCAACCAGGUGACGCCAUCACGUUGGGCAAUUUGGCCAAAUUGGGUGUGACGAAUGUCUAGAUACCACCAAGUGGGAAUCGUUAAUUAGCCACAGAGCAAAGUUAUUUUUAUAUAUAUAUGAAGGCCGGACUACAGCCCCUAGAUAACUCUACAGAAUUUAUACGAAGGACUUCGAUACAUAUGUAUAUCAUUUAGCAGAAAGCGGAGAACAGGAAUCGUGUAAAUAUCCAAGCAGCGACCAAAUCAAGUCAAUGUCAAGCGAAGGAGAAUAUCUCA